UUACACGCAAUCUGACUGCUGUUGGUAUUACAGUUCAUUUUUGAAAAGCUCAUAUUAGCCUCCUUCGCUUUAGCCGCCUCGUUUGCUUUAGCCGCCUCCACCACCACCACCAUCACCAGCUCCGCCCAUAGUCCCUCUCUCUCUCUCUCUCUCUCUCUCUCUCUCUCUAUACAUAUGAAACCGUGAAAUCCUUUAUGUAACCUUCUUUUCUCUACGCAACUAUUUGGGCUUGGAAGACUCUCUUAUCUCUAAAACACGAAAAACAGAGCAACCCAAGAAGCGCCUCCCCAGAAUACCUCUAACGCACAUACCCACCUGUUUGUUCUUUACAUAUACGUCUCUUUUGGUUUUUGCUUAACUGUGUUUGCUUCACAACUAGCUGGAUUGAAAGCUUUCCUUCUCUGUCUUUGUCGGGUUCAUUUCAAAACCUGGACUGGCAUAGAACAGGGGCUCUGAGGCUCUGCUCUUUUCUGUUCUCUUCUAAUCGCAAAAAGUAUAAAAGAGAAGAGAAAAAAGAUUUUUUUUUUUAAAUAUUUGGGUAUAUAUAUAUAUAUAUAGGUAGGGAAGAUGGUGCACUGCCAUCGUUACCAUCAGUUGAGGAAAGGUGAACAUGCGGAAGAUGAUGAAGCUCUUGCUUUUGUCUGUGCAAACUCUGGUUACUACAAGAGGAAAAGACCUAAGCUUCUUUCUCUUCUGCUUCUUUCUCUUCUCUCUUGUUGCCUUAUUUUGUUACCUCACCUGUUUUGCUCUUCCUCUGCUUUCUCUCUCUUGUAUUCAUUUGUUAUAGAAAAUGAUGAUGAGCUUGUUGCUGAUGUAAAGGCUCCGUUAUGUUCUUCAAUUUCGAACGGAACCAUAUGCUGUGAUAGGAGCAGUUUUCGUUCAGAUAUCUGUAUUAUGAAAGGAGAUGUAAGAACACAAUCUGCUUCUUCUUCAAUCAUCCUCUACACCUCAAGUAAUACCAGUACUUUGAUUAAAGAAGAUGGGCAAUUCCAGCGUGAAAUGAUCAAACCUUACACUAGAAAAUGGGAAACAAGUGUUAUGGAUACAAUUGAUCAAUUAGACCUCAUAUCAAAGCAAGAAAAAUCUGCAAUUCACCACCAAUGUGAUGUCACACAUCAUGUACCGGCGGUGGUCUUUUCGACAGGAGGCUAUACUGGAAACGUUUAUCACGAAUUCAAUGAUGGGAUUUUGCCUUUGUACAUUACAUGCCAGCAUCUGAACAAGAAAGUUGUGUUUGUUAUGCUUGAGUAUCAUUCUUGGUGGAUGAUGAAGUAUGGGGACAUUCUUUCGCAUCUUUCGGAUUAUCCUGCAAUUGAUUUUAGUGGGGAUAAGAGAACUCAUUGCUUCCCUGAAGUCAUUGUUGGUCUCAGAAUCCAUGAUGAACUCACUGUGGAUCCUUCUUUGAUGCAAGGGAAUAAGAACAUUGUCGAUUUUCGAAAUCUCCUAGACAAAGCCUAUUGGCCUCGAAUUAAAGGUUUGAUUCAACAGGAGGAACUAGAAGCUGAGAAGAAACUAGAACAGAAAGUUCAAUCUUUAUCCCCAUCAUCAGGAAACUUGUUAGAUUUCAGAAAAGAUGUUCAAGAGGCAAAAAUGAAGAGACCUAAAUUGGUUAUCUUAUCUAGAAAUGCAUCAAGAGCUAUAACUAAUGGAGAUUUGUUAGUGAAGAUGGCUGAAGGAAUUGGAUUCAGAGUUGAAGUUUUGAGGCCUGACAGGACAACAGAACUGGCAAAGAUUUAUCGGUCGCUUAAUUCGAGUGAAGUGAUGAUUGGUGUUCAUGGUGCUGCCAUGACUCAUUUUCUGUUUAUGAAGCCUGGUUCAGUGUUCAUACAAGUGAUUCCUCUUGGAACAGAAUGGGCAGCGGAGACAUAUUAUGGAGAGCCUGCUAGGAAACUUGGUUUGAAGUAUAUUGGGUACCAAAUUAUGCCCAGGGAAAGCUCAUUGUCUGAUAAAUAUGAUAAAAGUGAUCCUGUUCUACAAGACCCAAGAAGCAUAGCACAAAAGGGUUGGCAGUACACCAAGAAAAUCUAUCUUGACAGCCAAAAUGUGAGGUUAAAUCUUGCAAGAUUUCAGAAAAGAUUAAUUCGUGCCUAUCAACACUGCAAGAAAAUGGAUACCCAUCUUCAUCUUCAUCACCAUUCUCAUUAAUAUUUCUUCCAUUUCAGGAUCUUGGAGAUGUUGUCAUCACUUAUUCUUUACCAUUUAUUAUUGAUUGAUGUUCGUAUUGUACAUUGAAAUGCACAUAAUUGCAGAUAGGAAGAGACCAUUGCAAUUAUACAUCUUCUGUUCUGUACCUGUAAACACAAAAUUCAAAAAUUGAGUCCAUUUAUUUGAAGUUUAGGUCUGUGCAAAA